AUGGAAUCGUCUCACACUAAUUCGAACCAUCUCCCUGUGAUACAGGUUGAUCCAGGUAGUCAUUCACCUGAGAGACAGCCAGACUCUUCUCGCACCAAGCGGAAGCGUCUCAGCAAGGCGUGUGAUGCAUGCCAUAAGAGCAAACGACGUUGCGAUGGCACAGCUCCGUGCAGUAACUGCUACUUUGCUUCGAAACGAUGCACGUAUACCGAUUCUUCUGGGCGUCCAGUACCAGCACCCCGUAAUAUGAACUCAGACCGCGCCCGUGGACCUGCUGCGGGAUUUCCCACGCAGGAUUACGCUCCAGAUGGUGACUCAUCUAUAUCACACACUGGCGAUCCUCAGGGUGAGCGUGAGCCUGCACGAAGACGUACGCGCAUAGACGCCCCGGAUACUGCUCCCGUACCUGCGAUCACUUCGUCCUCUUCACAGGGUUCAGCGCUUGACGCCCCGAGCUCACCACCAUCGAAAUUACUAGACCCUGCGACGACCUAUGAGCUCGUAAAUCUAUUCUUUGCCCACUGCAAUCCUCACCGCUUGAUUAUCCACAAGCCAUCGUUCUCAGCUUCGCUAAGCCACAACCGCCUCCCAGAGUAUCUCGUCCUCGCAGUCUGCGCGACCGCGGCACCGCUGUCGAAAACGUUUUGCGCGCAGUCGUCCCCGAAUCCAGGGCGCCUCGCGGGUGUACCAUUUUUCCGCGAGGCAGUGGCAAUUAUGUUCGACAGUGCUGGUCGUUUGCUAAGUGCUCCAUGCCUCGCCACCGCCCAGGCAUUGUGCUUGCUGGAGAUGCACGAGGUAGCGGCAAGCCACUCGUGGACGAAGACUUACCGAUAUUUUGACUUGGCUUUACAGCUCCUCGAAGAGAGCUUGUCCGUGCACAAGCCGGACGAACCGAUAAAUUCUGCUUUGUCGCAAUCCGCCUCAUCCGACUCCCUCAACGUAUAUAUCGAGCGUGAAUGCACGCGCCGCUGCUUCUGGAUGAUCCAAUGCAUGGACUGGGUCAGCGGGAUCUACAUUUACAGGCCAAUGCGCCCGCGGAACGUCGAGCUCAUGCACUACGUCCGUCUCCCCAUCGACGAGACGAACUUUGAGCUCACCGUGCACUCGAACUCGGCGACGACUGAGUACUUGCACGUUCCCGCACCGUGCACGCGGUAUGCAUCAGAGUUCGGGCACCUGUGCCGUAUUUUGUCUAUAUAUCAGAGCUUGCAGUCGCGGUUAGCCACUACCGAGGAGGGGCCUGCACGAAUCGCUGUUGUCUCGGAAUCUCGUCGGGCACUCGAUAUAUGGUUGUCGACUCUCCCCGGACACCUGCGCUUCUCUGAAGAAACGCUGGAGAACCAGUUGAGCAUGUUCGAGACGGGCUCAAAUACAGGAGCGUGGUGCUUCUGCUUCAUGCACGCGCUGCAUCCGUGCUGCUUCUUGGCCCUGUUAGAGGGCGAGGGCAGACUAGGGGAACCGAUUCCUUGGGUGCGUACUCAGUUGAACAUGAUCGUGAACGCCACUGCGCACCGUAUCAGAAACACCAUCCUCCUGGCUUGUGUGCUCUGGUCGUACAGCAGGUAUCACCCCGAUGACCCGCAGCUGCACGUCUGGGACCGUGAGUUCGAGAAGGUAUGGAGCUUCCGCGUCAUGGUGGUCGCGGACCAGUGGCGCCAGGCGCAAGCACUUGAGCGGGCGAAAGGCGAGCAGGCGGCCGCAGCCGAAGCGGCGUCAGAUACAGCGGCGCCAGAGAGGUCGGCGAGGGAGCUAGAUUUGCAGGUGCAAUACCAGGCCGAUUUGGCGGAGCACGCAAGGGUGCGCCGCGAGGCCGCGCAGGCACAGAAUUUGCCAUCCCUGAAGGCGAGUGGUCUCUUAGAUUCGUGGAAGCCCCCGUCAGAGGCGUUCGCAAAUGCACUGUCGAUCACUACGCAGGCGCGAGAGGACGGCGAGCGGAGGACGUCCAUGUCAUCGCAAGCGGCGAGGGGCCCUCCGCCAGCGGGAUUGAAUUGGCUUAAUAACGAAGCGUAA